AUUAUAUUUAUUUUAAAGAAAGAAGACGGCCUAUAUCUAUAUAUUAAUUACCGGGGUCUAAAUAGGAUUAUUAUUAAGAACCAAAUACUAUUAUUACUUAUUAGUAAGAUAAUAGAUAGGCUUUAUAAAAUAAUAUUCCGAAUAUACUAUAGAUAUUUUAAGUACUAUAUUAUAUUCUUUAGACUAUCUAAUACUCCGGUAAUAUUUCAGGUAUAUAUUAAUUAUAUACUAGUAGGCCUUAUAAAUAUUAUUUAUAUAGUUUAUCUAAAUAAUAUUUUGAUUUAUUUAGAGAACCCAGAAUAG